CCCCAUCUGCUCAGCUCAGGCUGAUGAUUGGAUGUGAGCGUGCUGGACUCCUGGGCUGAGAGAGGGGAAGUUGAAGUAUCGGGGGGGGCGCGGGAAUCCCGGCGUGUAUGUUUUGGUCGCCGGCGGCCAUCGCCGUGACUCGCUCAGUCGGACCAUGUGGUUUUCGCCGAGGAGAACCGAUCUCCUUUCCGCACAGUGGCAGCGGCAGCACCACGGUGACUGGCACGAUGCCCGCCUAGGCCGCGCCGUCACCGGCCUCGCUGCGUCCUUCUGGAUAUUAACCUUAGCGUGCUGCCUGCCGUCCGUCCCAGGCCAGGCCUACCACCCCACUGUGAACACGCAGUACGGAAAACUCCGAGGAGUCCGGGUUCCCCUGCCCAGUGAGAUCCUGGGACCGGUGGACCAGUACCUGGGUGUCCCGUAUGCCGCCUCCCCCGUAGGAGAAAAACGAUUCUUGCCCCCCGAGCCGCCCUCGUCCUGGUCCGGGAUAAAGAACGCCACCCACUUUGCCCCUGUGUGCCCCCAGAACAUUCACAACGCAGUGCCGGAGAUCAUGAUGCCCGUGUGGUUCACCUUCAACCUGGAUAUGGUGGCCUCGUACAUACAGGAUCAGAACGAGGACUGUCUGUAUCUAAACAUCUAUGUCCCGACCGAGGAUGUCAAAAGAAUAUCCAAGGAAUGUGCCAGGAAACCCAACAAGAAAAUGUGUAGAAAAGGAGGGACACACGCCAAAAAACAGGGCGAGGAUGUGUCGGAUAACGAUGGUGACGAAGACGAAGACAUACGAGAUACCGGAGCCAAACCGGUGAUGGUCUAUAUCCCUGGAGGCUCCUACAUGGAGGGGACCGGCAAUAUGAUCGACGGGAGUGUCCUGGCCAGCUACGGAAACGUCAUCGUGAUCACACUCAACUACCGCGUCGGAGUGCUAGGGUUCCUGUCCACAGGCGACCAGGCAGCAAAGGGGAAUUAUGGCCUACUGGACCAGAUCCAGGCCCUGAGGUGGAUCAGCGAGAACAUUGGAUACUUCGGAGGAGACUCCAACCGGAUCACGGUGUUUGGAUCUGGGAUAGGCGCGUCCUGUGUUAGCCUGCUGACCCUCUCCCACCACUCUGAAGGUCUUUUCCACCGUGCUAUCAUCCAGAGUGGCUCGGCCCUGUCCAGCUGGGCGGUGAACUACCAGCCAGUGAAGUACACCCGUCUCCUGGCCGAGAAGGUUGGCUGUAAUGUCCUGGAUACCCUGGACAUGGUGGACUGCCUGAGGAAGAAGACCUCCAGGGAGCUGGUGGAACAGGACAUCCAGCCGGCGCGCUACCAUGUAGCCUUCGGCCCGGUUAUAGACGGAGACGUCAUCCCGGAUGACCCGGAGAUCCUUAUGGAGCAGGGCGAAUUCCUGAACUAUGACAUCAUGCUGGGGGUCAAUCAAGGGGAGGGGCUUCGCUUUGUAGAUAAUGUGGUUGACUCCGAAGACGGCGUCUCCGGCAACGACUUUGACUUCUCCGUGUCGGACUUUGUUGACAGUCUCUACGGUUACCCAGAGGGCAAGGACACUCUCAGGGAGACCAUCAAGUUUAUGUACACGGACUGGGCGGACCGCGACAACCCUGAGACCCGCCGCAAGACGCUGGUCGCCCUGUUCACCGACCACCAGUGGGUGGAGCCGUCGGUGGUGACGGCGGACCUCCACGCUCGCUACGGCUCGCCAACCUACUUUUACGCCUUCUACCACCACUGCCAGUCCCUGAUGAAGCCGGCCUGGUCGGACGCUGCCCACGGGGACGAGGUUCCCUACGUGUUUGGUAUCCCCAUGAUCGGACCCACUGACCUCUUUCCCUGUAACUUCUCCAAGAAUGACAUCAUGCUCAGCGCUGUGGUGAUGACAUACUGGACCAACUUCGCCAAAACCGGGGACCCCAACAAGCCUGUUCCUCAGGACACCAAGUUCAUCCACACCAAGGCCAACCGCUUUGAGGAGGUGGCCUGGUCCAAGUACAACCCCCAGGACCAGCUGUACCUGCACAUCGGCCUGAAGCCCCGCGUCAGGGACCACUACCGCGCCACCAAGGUGGCCUUCUGGAAACACCUGGUGCCCCACCUCUACAACCUCCACGACAUGUUCCACUACACGUCUACCACCACCAAGGUCCCCCCUUCCGAGACGACCCAGAACUCCCUGUCCACCAAGAAGACGUGGCCCUUCAACACCAAGCGGCCCCCGAUGUCCCCUGCCUACAACAACGAGGAUAACGAAGCGUGGAAUGGAGAGGAGGAGACCGGCCCUCUGGUCGUGGAGAACCCCCGGGACUACUCCACGGAGCUGAGUGUCACCAUUGCCGUGGGCGCCUCGCUGCUCUUCCUCAACGUUCUGGCGUUCGCCGCCCUCUACUACCGCAAGGACAAGCGCCGCGAGGCGUCGGGGGGCCACAACGGCCAGGCCAGCCCGCAGACCCACCACAGCCAGGCCACGUCCAACGACAUGGGCCACCACCAGGGCCCGAACGAGGAGGAGAUCAUGUCCCUGCAGAUGAACCAGACGCACCACGAGUGCGAGGCCAUGGGUGUGGGGAACCCGGGGAUCGACGGGGGUCUCCGCCUGGCCUCGCUGCCCGACUACACCCUGACGUUGCGGAGGUCACCGGACGACAUUCCCCUGAUGACCCCCAACACCAUCACCAUGAUCCCCAACUCCCUGGUGGGGAUGCCAAACCUCCACCCCUACAACACUUUCACGGCCGGCUUCAACUCCACCGGCCUGCCCCACUCCCACUCCACCACCCGAGUAUAGCUUUAAGGAGGAGAGGGAGGUGGGGGGAGGAGACGCGGAUGAAGGAGUGGACGAGGAUUCUGUUUUAUAAAUAUUACAGGGAAAAGGGUUCUGGGGGGGAUGGGAGGGGAAAGGGGAAAAGUGGGAAUGAAUGAGUGGUGGGAUUAAAGAGUAAAGAGAUUUAACUAGACUUUUGCUACAGAGAAGAGGGCGUGGAGUUGCUGAGGAGAGGAGAGCUCUCUGCUGCCUGUGUGGUUGUGAAGAUGUGCAGAGCUGCCAAAAUCAAACUGCUAUUCUUCCCUCCCUCCCUUGACAGCCCAGGGCUUGGGAAGGAGGGGUCCUUUCUGCAGAGUUUUUUUUUUUUUUUUUUAAUAAUCAUUUUAAAAGCCUUUUUAAACAGACUGACGGGGGAGAUUAUCAACACUUACUACUUGGAUUCAUACAAACACACCGAGAAAAGUGCUUUUUCUUUCCCAUCUCCGUCUCUCCUGGGGAAGACAGAACAGACACAUUUCAAACAAUGGCCUCUACCACCUUAUCCGCAUAAUGGGUUUUUUUUUUGUGGACAUUUUUUGUGUUGUUUCGAUGCCUUACAAAAGCUUGUUUUGUUCUGAGGAUUUUGUUUCUCUCUCUUCAUUUCUAUUGUUCACAGAGACUAUUCCUUGUGGAGUUUGUGACAUUUUGACGUGACUCAAAGACACGAGUGACUGAAUUGCGAACUGAACUGGCACCAAGAGGAUAUUUACUGCAGUACUUGGAGAUUUUAAGAAGCGUCUUGGUGCGACUCGUUUCUCUGUCGCAUACCUACAAAAAGCCACAGAAGCGGGGUUCUCUUUUCUAGCCCUGAUAGAGAUGAGUUGUCUGACACAGACUCCGACAUCCCAGAUCAGAACACAGACAUGAAGACUAUGUUACUGUGAUUGUUUUGUUAAGGAAAAAAAAGUGCAUCUUUUACAACCAAUUUAUCUGUUAAAUGACCUGAUCUUAUCUCUACUCCACAAAGUGUGCGCUUCCACACACACACACACACACAGACACACACACACACACACACACUGCUCAGAGCACCUUUGUAAUGUUGUGCAUAAUAACACGGUUGUGUGCGUGCGUGUGUUUGCGUGCAGGUGUGUGCGCGCGUGUGUGCGUGCGUGUAUGCGUGUAUGCGUGUAUGCGUGUGUGUGUUCGCGUGAGUGCAGGCGUGUGUGCGCUUGCACCUGUUUUUGCGUUUUAUGUGGCGGGUUGGGGUUUUCGGGGGCGGGGCUUCUUUCUCAUUUUGUCAUUUGGUUCUGUUCCACCAGUGCUGUUCACACUGCAGCUACUUCUCUCUCUCUGGGUGUAUGUCCUUACUGCGAAAUAGCACUUUUGUUAUUUAAAAAAAAAAAAAGUUAUAUGUCUAAUUUUGCUUAAAGAUGACAAAAUAAAUAUAUUAUUUUACGUGUAAGAGAAAAAAAAAA